AUGUAAGAAUAAUUAGAAGAUAUCCAAGUUCUUUAAAAGUUAUAUUCAGCCUAAGGAAAUACUCCUGAAGAGAUUAUUACUAAUUUCAAAAAUCAAUAAAAGCAACAUCUUUCAAAACUAUUUAAAUACAUUUCUAAUGAGAAUGAAUUAAAUUAGUUUUAAUUGAAGGGAUCUAUCAUUGGGGUCGACAUUGAACAUACGAAUGACAUUGGAUUUGAUGGAUAAAUAAGCAUUGUAUAGAUUAAGGAUGACGAAGAUGUUUAUAUAAUAGAUGUGAUUGAAAUUGGAGUAGACAAUCAAAAAUUGAUAAAUGUUUUCAAGUAAAUAUUUGAAGAUGAUAAAAUAAUAAAAGUGUUUUAUGCAGGGAGUACUGAUGUUUUGUGGUUGAAAAGAGACUUUUAAAUUACUAUCUAGAAUUUUUUUGAUAUAAAAGAAGUUGCAGAUGAAUGCAAAUUAAGUAAAAUUUCCUUGAUUUUCCUUUGGAAAUAAUAUUGUGAUCAUCAAGUUUCUAAAUCUUAUAAAACUAAUAUGCAGACAUCUGAUUGGGCUGAAAGACCUUUAACUUAAGAGUAAUUAAUUUAUGCUGCUUAUGAUUGCUAUUAUUUGCCAUAUCUGAGAUAUGUUUUACUGGAAGAAUUGAGCAAAGCCGAUAUCAAAAAGCAGAGCAAAAUUUAAAAGAAAUUCGAGAAGGCUAUUCUUAAAGAUUAUAAGAAACCUAUCCUAUCAAAUUAAGACUUAGCUAAAAUUAUUGAUAAAGAAUACAAUCUCCUAAUGCAAAUAGUUGCUGAAAAUGAUGACAAGUCUCCAAUCUAUUCUUUUUUAAAGACUCAGCCUGUUGCUGUUUAAUUGGUUAAGUUUAUAGCAUUAGAAAUCAUGAAGAUUAGACAGGAUUAUGCUAUUCAUCACAAUGAUCCAGUUGAAUGUUUAGAAGAGAAUGAACAAGUCAUUUUAAUUGCUAUUCAUAUUUAUUAAAGAUUAAAUAUUCAAGACAUUUAGGUUUAUAAGUUGACUUAUCCUGACUUUUAGAAUUAUUCAAAUAAAUAAUUUGAAUUGACAUUGGAAUACAUCUAAAAAUAGAUUGAUCAAGAUUGGGAAGUUUAUUUUAAAUCUUUUUGCAAAGGACUUUAUUAGAGCUUUAUUUUUGAUUAAAAUUUUAUUAAAUUUGGAUUAACUGCAAUAUUUGAAGCAUUGUAAAUGUCGCCAGAACCUAAGAACAACUAAUCAUAACAAAAAAUGGAUUAAAAGAAAUAAAAGCAAACAGAAUUCGUAGAAAAAUACACAAGAAAAAAGCCAGCAUAUGGAAAUUGUAAAAUAUACACAAAGGAGAACUUCUUUUUGUGCAAUUGUGAUGAAAAAAAAGUGAGGUGGUAUUUGAAACAAGGAUUGGCUGAUUUGAUAAGUGAAGAUCCUCCUACAAUUUAGUUGAAAUUUGAUCCAAGUGGGUUUAAGGAAGAAGGAUCUGAUAAGGCCUAGUAUGUAACUAUAGAGAGAGUGAAUUAAUGUGUAAUUUGUGGAAAAGAGAAUGAACUACUUAAAUUUCAUAUUGUUCCAGUUGUAUAUAAAAAACAUAUUCAAGGGAAAAGAUCUUAUGAUGUGGUUUGUUUAUGUUUAACUUGUCAUCAUAAGGCAAGUGCUUUAAAUGAUAAAUUAAAAGCAACAAUUGCAGAAAAAUAUAAUAUAAAUGUGAAAUAAAAUAAAAAGGAGACAUUACCAGAUAUGGUUAAAAAUUUAAUAAAGGCAGUUUAAGCUUACAAUAAAAAGAAAUAAAAUCUACCUAAAGAGGCCUAUUAAAAAUUUUAAAUGUAAUUUAAUAAGCAGAUAGAAUAAUUAAAAAGUCAAGAAUUAUUUAAAUAAAUUAAUUAAUUUGAUUUGAAUAAUCUAAAAUAUGAGGAAAACUUAAUUAACAUUAAUGAUGAAUAAUUUUUAGCAUUUAUUUCUUAUUUAAAAUAAAAUGAAGAGUUAUUUAAUUAAAAUGAUGAUAAUUCUGAUUAAGGAAAAUUAAUUGUGGAACAAUUAAAAACAGAAGAAGAAAUAGAUGAGUUUUUGGUUUUUUGGAGAGAUAACUUUUUAAAUGAAAUGAAACCAUAAUAUUUAAAUGAAGCUUGGGCUAUAGAUCAUAAAUUUAAAAGAACCUUUGGAGACAAAUCUUAAUACAAUCCCAACUAUUAAAAAUAAGAGAAAUAAAUAGAUGAUUAAGAUUGAGUGAUUUAUUUUAUAGUACAUUUAUAUAUUCUUAUAAUAAUAAGUAUACAAA